AUGUUAGUGUGUGGUCAUACUCUCUAUCAUGACUGCCUUGAAAAAAGUAAUAGAGGUAAGCAAAAAACUUGUCGCAUUUGUUUCGUAGAUAAUGAAGGACCGACGUCAGCUGAAGUUCAGGACGUAGAUAUGAUAGAGGCAGUGGAAGGUGAAAGUGAAGAAACCUCUAAUCUAACAGGAGCGAGCUAUCCCCGAAGUGAAACAAAAUCUAUAGAAUCUGAAAAAGUGCAAGGUUUAAUAAAAGAACUGUCUAUGCCUCAUGAACCAAUUGAUGAUAAUAAUAGAGAAAAUAAAACUGGAAAAUCGAAACCAAAAACUUUACUCCAGUUAUAUUAUAAUGCAAGCCGGGCAAAAAAAUAUGUAACCCGAGCCUACCAAGAAGAAAUUAGGUGUUGGUACCUGUUUGCUGAAAAAUUCGAAGAAAGG